CUCACAGUGUCAGAUCUGGGUGGUUAAGCGUUCUCAAACAGGGCUCAAUAGCUUUAUUACUGAUACCGGAGAGAAAUUCAGUUCCCCUGCUGGCAGCAACAAAGAAACUGUAAAAGAGAGGGAAUGGAUAAAGAGAGCGCAGGAGAGAUCGAGGAGAGCUGCAAGAGCAGCGAUGAAUCUCCACCGAAACCUAUGCCCAAAACCAUCAGGACAAAAGUUCCAGAGGUGGAAAUCCACCUCUUUCGACGAGGCAAAGGUCCAAUUGAGAUCUUCAAAUCGAGCUUAGGAGGUUGGGAUCAAGACCGGUUAGAGGUCCACGAUAUUCUCGAGAAAUACGGAUUGAAAUCGAUUUUCGCAUUCAACCCUGCUUCUGGAAGAAGCGUUCCCAUCCGUUUCAAUGCUAAAAAUGGAAGAUCGUUGCUACCUUAUACCGACGGAUCCGUUAUUUUCAUUGAUGGGGAACCAAAGGAUUCCUUAGUCAAGCCUAUAACAAAGAUCUUGCUUGGGAUAGCCAUUAUAACCAUUUUAGUAGCUAUGCUUUUUAAGGAAUCUCCAGAAUGGAUGAAGAGAUUCAAUAUCUUAGGCGGGAACUUCCCUCCAUGGGUCCUUGCUUGUGUGGUUAUAGUCUUCACUCGCAUGAGGAAGAGAACCAAGGAUGUAUUGAAAAAGUAUGGCUGGUGAACAAAUGUAAUCUAUACUUUUCAGAUAUUAAAGAGCUUUUCUUCUUAUAUACAUAUUUUCAAUUGUUCAAUUAAUUAAUAGAAGUAUGCCAUGUUUAUUGGGGUUAGGAGCAAUUUGGGGAUAUAGGAAAAUUAUACACACCACACAGGUGGGACAAACAGAGAUGCUUGAUACUGAAAUCUUUCUAAUGGUCAGUCCAUGUUUUGGUUCCUA